AUGGAUAAGGCUGUCAUACCUCAUCCGCCUGCUCUCCCCAACGUCCCCCUUUCGAGAAAUAUUGGAUCUGAACCCUAUGCCAAAAAAAAUAAUUUAUCUAGGAAUGGCAGUGUGAAAAGCAAGAGGACUCCAUGUUUUCGACUAGUGGAACACAACUACCAAAAUGAGGAAACCGGCAGCGUAUACUCGAUCUAUAAACAGAAAAUUGAUUCCAUGUUUGAAUCAGACUCAAGCAGUAGCAAAAACAGCGUCCAAGCCAAAAUCGAGAGAAUGUUUAGCGACGUUGCAAUGGAUAACGGUAUUCCAUUGGACGACAUUGGAUUGCACAACUUCUCCGUGGAUUACUUGGGGUCUGUUCCUCUUCAAGAGAAAGUGACCAGUCUGUCAGGGCUACAAAAUCCGCUGAAAGAGUUGUACUUUGCUUACAAAAAAAUAAUAAGGUCGCCAAAAACUCUAACAGGGAGAUUGGAGAUAUCUAGCAGCGGGCUGAAGGUUCAGUAUCAAGGGGAAAAAGGUGAUUUAGAACAGUUGAAUUCAUUCCCGACAAUAGCUGUAUGGAGUGCUGUGAAGUUUGUUAUUCACGGAAGUCCAAAAUUCACGUACGCUUUUCUACCUCUGAUCACAGAUCCAGAUAAUAUGGAGAAACAGACGUUAUUUCGAACUCUGGAUGAGAAUGAAAAGAAGUACAUCACAACUGAAGCUCACUCACCGUUGUUUGCAGUAGUCAUGAGAAAAAUAGGUGUUCACAAGCAGCUUGAAUGUCAUGGCUUUGUUUGUCAAACGUCCGAAGAUGCCAUAGUUAUAGCCGCAACAUUGUACAAAUCACUUGUUGCCCACAUGAAAGCGAAAGAAAGGAGGCCCAGGAACAAAAACGGAGUCACUACUUGCAUGUCGGUGGCAUCUAGUUUAAAUAAAGACAAACAAAGCAACUCCAUACCCGUCAGGCCGCCAAGGAAAAAACGGAGUUCUACCUCUUCAGUCAUCAGUGGAAACGAUGCGAUUAGUAUAUCAGACACGAAACCACUAUUAGAUAACAGGCCCCCCAAAAAAAGCAGCAAAACGAAAAGAGCACCAAAAGCUCCAGACUCAAACUCUGAGGAUUUGGACGCUAUUCUGCCAUACGAAGAACCUAUUAGUCCUAAUCAAAUUAAUGAAAUCAAAAAUGAAGGUGAGAAACACGACAAUAGAGUAGUUGAAGAAAUCAAACCAAAAUCGUUCACAGAUAAAUUGAACAGUAUGAGCCAAGAACAAAAACAGUUAACGGCGGAAAUAAAACAGAUGAUGAGUGAUGGUGGAACGAAAUGUUUGAAGAAAGUUCAAAGCGUUCGCAAAAAUGAAGAAACUCCUAUGAAAAAAGAAAACUCUGGUGACAUUCUCACAAAAGUAACCAUUCCAAGAUCUGGCAGCUUCUUGAAUGCUGGUGGUUUGACCAGAUAUAAAAGUAAGAUAUCCAGGAGUAAUGACCAAGGCAGUGGCGGUUCUCCUUUAGGAUUUAAAGAAAUCUUCAAUGAGCUAUCUUUGCAAGAGGGUCUACAUUCACUAGAUGACAUUCUCAGUGUAAUAAUAGACCCGGAGGGAAUGUCUUUCAACGAUCUCAAACCCAUUUAUAAGGAAUUCCUAUUGAAGCUAUCACUGACCCUCACAAAAGACGAGUUAUAUCAACGAUCGAAAAGUAUAAUGAGAAGGCAGAAGAAAAAGCUCCUAAGAAAAUCGCCUCAUCAGAAACAUCAUAUAUUGGUGGGAGGAAAAUUUCGUAGGCUGAAACACAUUUUUCAAAAAAAUUUAAAGAUGAGACUCGGUAGGAAUUUGAAACAAGUUUCCCCUAAGAAAUACGCCACCGUUCCACUACAAAUAGAUUCUAAACUUCCAGAGAGUUCAAUUUCAACUUCCUCGUACGACACCAGGCAGUUUAGGCCCAAGGACGAUCAAAACGUCAUGAGGAAGCAAAGCUAUAGAAAAAAAAGUGCUGAUUCCAGUAGACGUCGAAAGGACAGAGUUAGUACCAGCGAAGAGAGUGAUUUCUUUUCUUUGAAGAAAAGCAAAGCUCAGGGAUUUCAAUUACUACACGUACAGAAUAGAAACUCUUCGUCCGGAUAUGUCUCGUGCUCUGAGUGCUCAUACGACUCGGAUACUUGUACUUGUAGGUCUGCAGAUAAAUGCUAUUGUUCCUUGGGUCAGAGAAGCUUCGCCAAGAAUUCAAAAUGCUCGGAAUCCACUUGUCGAAAUGACUCAAUGUGUUCCUGUAAUCAGACGAAUGUAGUGUUGUUUUGUGACUGUGAUACUGAUUCUUGUGCGGAAAGCAACAAAUGCUAUUGCCCGUCAGGAAAUAACAACUCUUCCCUAGCAAAGCAUCUGAUACAGCGUGGAAAAAUUCAGGACAACCACCACCGACACAAGAAAGUGUGUAGAAAGAGCUCGAAUUCGAAGAGUAGUAAGAGUCUAGAGUAUAUACUCAACCCACAUGAAACUUACUAUGAGAAGUUGAAGAGGAGUAAAUUCGGGACCCAGACUUCAAUGCCGAUUUUGGGUAGAAAUUGUGGUGUUGUGGACUAUGAACAUCUCUCUGUUGUGAACGGUAGCCAUGUGCAAGGUUUUCACAGUCGGCCCCUCUACUCAAAAGGAUCCUUCGAGAAUGGUUCUGGUUUCGGACCGUGUAGACCGGCAUCUGUAAAGGAAUAUGGAUCGAUAAGAAGCAAAAGACAAACUGCCAAGGUGGUGCAGUCAUCCGCAAUCUCCGGUGCCUCAACCGAAGCGCUAUCUGUGAAGAAAUCAGCAGAAAUCGCAGCCUUAUUCGCUGACAUCAAACUCAGCCAAACUACAGAUAUAACUCAAUUGGCACCAACAAAUCUUGACCUGAGUAUGGUUUCCUCCAGAAAUUCCUAUAACAAAAGUUAUUCCCAGCACAAGCACAGUAAGAGUUCCAAAUUGACAUCAAAUCGGGCCGAGCCAAGGGCAACUCCUCAUUAUAUCCACCACCAGAAAAUUCACAAUAUACCGUGUAGAAAUACCAAUGCGACAAAAAGCGGUUCCAUCCGAAAUGGUCUGAAUUCAAUGAAAAAUGGAAACUUGUACAGUGCUAAAAAUGGUUUAUACACCAUUCAGAGUCAGUCGGAUGAAUCCAGAAGAUCCAGCACGUGUGAAGCAAGAAAGUUCGAAGACAGAAAAGACUAUUUUGAGCUGGAUCCAAGAUUCGUGGUCGACAUGAAUUCGAAUAAUAUCAGUAGUAAUAGCAUUGAGAAUUCUUUGGGGUAUCUGCCAUGAACAAUUUUUGAGAAUAGUAUGCGAACAUGACUAUUUUUUUCCUGUUCAUAUGUUCUUACAUCUUGGAAUUUAACAAAUGUGCUUUCGUUUCUUUGCUACUCAUAUAAAUCAUAUAUUCAAUGUGGGAUCUAUUGAAGUA